AUGCAUGCUGGAAACCGGAAGCUCAGCUUCCCGGCACACGCGCAUAUGCAACCGGCCACCUGGUCUUCCGGUUUCCGGCGCUCCUGUGCGCGCAAAGACCACCAGGCACACCAGAACCCGGAAGAAUUAAAACAAAACCAAUCGUCCGUCCAAGAUGAAUUGGCCAAAGCCCUUGACCGGGAGAGGGCUGCGUCCAGCGAGCAUUUGGCUAGGGCCGUCCUGCGCGAGAGAGCUUCCGCCGAAGACGAACGCAUGAAGUCACAGCUCCUGGCCAAACAGCUAGAAGAAAAGGAAAAGGAGCUGAAGAAGCACGAGACUUACUACAAGGAGCAGCUGAACCGCCUGGAAGAGAGGAGCUCCCAAUUCUACAAAGUCACCACAGAACAAUAUGAGAAAGCUGUGGAGGAGGUCAAAUCCCGAUUCAAGCGAUACAAGGCUGACCCUGUCUGUGUCGAUCUGCAGAACCAGAUCUUCCAGUGCUAUCAACAGAACCCAAAGGAGACCCUCAGCUGCUCAGCUCUGGCCACCGAAUACUUCAAGUGUGUCCGGCAUGCUCGGCAGUGCAACGCUGGCCGGGGAGGCUAAUAUCCGCAGCGCACAGAGAGCAUCCUUCCCUCCCCUUCAAUUCUACCCAUUGGAAGGAUGGGGAGGCGGGUUAUUCCGGAACGAUCCAGCACUCCAUUUACAGCACAGGUGGAAAGGGCACCACCAGAAGAUCCCGAUCGACGGCUUCGGGCACCGCGGCCCCCAACAUUCAUCUCAUCAGACUAGCAACGACGUAACGCCUGACCCACUUAGUGGUAAUUGAAGGGAAGGGAAGACCAAACUGCACCUGUGUCCAGCCUGAGUUAAUUUAAGUCCUGUGGACUUCAACUCCCAGAAUUCCCCAGCCAGCCAUGCUGGCUGGGGAAUUCUGGGAGUUGAAGUCCACACAGUUGCCAAAGUUGGAUAUACCCUUUUUUUAGGGAAAGAUCUCCCCUCCAUCCCAAAUCCCCUUGUCUUCACCGCACCCACCCACCCACCGUCCAAAUUUAUAUAGCGUCCUUUUAUUGGAUCCCCGGGGAGGGGAAAGGGCGGUUUUAAUUUAUUUGCAGAACGACCGUCUUUGUCGCUCUGUGAAUCCCGGUCGUGCUGGCAUCGUGUCCGAGAAACCUCUUGCGGCCCGGAAAGUCCCUUUGAUGCGCAAAUCAUGAUUAAGGCGUCUGGUUACAUCCCUGUUCGUGCCUGCGGGCUGAAACCAAGUUACCAACAAUUAUGUAUCCGUAAUAAUAAUAAUAAUAAUAAUAAAAAGGCAUUGUUUCUUUUUGCAAACGGGGCGCGAGAGUUCGGCUGAUCUUCUUCCGGGAUGGGGAGGAGAAUGCAAAAGGGCUCCGGAAAUUGUCUCACACACACACACACACACACACACCCUUUGUGACAUGCUGAAGCUGCCGUUUAUUUUACGGAUUGAUUAGGAAUCGCCCUCCCCUAUUACCUACGAUUUACUUUCAUAUUCUCUUUGUAUGCCAUAUUAUAAACUAAUAAAAAAAA